UAUGGUAGUUACACGAAAAGCUUAUGACUGCUUAAAUACUUAUAAGAAUGCGUCUAAUAUUAUUAGAACAUUGAAUUAUCGUUUUCCUUUAAGCAAACAAGUUAAAUUCAUUAAAACCACCACAAUGUCUGCGGAUAAGACUGAUGAUAUGAAUGUGGAAAUUGUAAAGGAAGAUACAGGCCUAGAAGAAGAACAGGAGCAACAUUGCCUGCUUUUUCCUACUUAUGCUACUAAACAUAGUCUCGGUAGUUAUAUUUUUAUUUUUGUUGAAAAUAAUUCCAUAGCAUACAAAAACGGUGUGGGUGGUGCUGGACCAAAUUCCCAGCACCGAGAGGACUCUUCUAAACCUGCUAGGCUAACCGAUGAUUGGAAUAUCCGUAUUCGAGGUUGGGCAUUUUCUUCUCCGAAAAAAAGCAGAAGUCGUGACCUUUUUAUAGGGCUUGCAUCACGUAUUGCAGGCAUUAAACAAGCUGAUGCUAGAUACGAACUCCUCAAAGAUCGUACUACAUUGUUCUGGGCGACAAAUAUAGAUAAAGAAGAAUUCAUGGUUAAAGUAGUUGGAUUAACCAAUUCUGAUAAAAUGACCAUUGAAGGUGAUCCUAGUGACCCCCAAAAAACUCCAGAAAAGGUAUUGAAUACUGUGAAUGAAAAGAUUAAGGAGCAGAUUAAACAUCCCGAGAGUGAGAAGUCCUUUAUGGUUUUUAAACCUCAUACCGGCAACUUCAGCGGAGAUCUUUCUAUUAAACGAGAUAUAAUUAACAAAUGGAUUAGAGAAGAGAGUCCUAAAGAUAAUUCACUUGUUGGAGGAAUCAUUGGACUAUUCGUCGGGAAAGAUCCUAAAGAAGAAAAAAAUCCAGUUAAAUUGAUUAAAAUCGAAGCACGUCGACAUAAUAAGCCUGAUGCAUUAGCUAUUCCAACUUAUAGUAUUGUUAAUUUGGUCGAACCUGAGGGAUACUCUGUAAUUUCGGAUAUUGAUGACACGAUUAAACUAACUGAAAUCUUGGAUGGCGCGAGAACCGUCUUUUCUAACACGUUUUUAAACGAUUGCAAAGCGGUUGAUAAAAUUCCCGAUUUAUAUCAUAAAUGGUAUAAUGCAGGUGCAGCUAUCCAUUACGUGUCUAAUUCACCUUGGCAACUAUUCCCAAUGUUACGAACUUUCUUCGAUACUUUCAAUUUCCCCCCUGGUUCUGCGCAUCUUAAAUUUUACGAUGGUUUGUUCAAGAGUGCGCGUGAACAAAAACAACACCCAAUGGAAAGCAAAUUCGUAUAUAUAAGAGAACUUCUUAGAGAUUUCCCUCAGCGCAAAUUUAUUCUUGUCGGCGACACGGGAGAAUAUGAUCCAGAAAUUUACUCUACAAUUUAUCGAGAGAAUCCAACUCGAAUUCUUCGCAUCUUUAUCAGGGAUGUAACUACAGAACAUAUAAAAGAUGAACCGGCACAAUCACCACAUCUUUCUUAUGCACAAACGUUCACAUCAACAUAUAAGUAUAUUAAAGAUUAUUAUAAAAGUCCAGAAGGAAAAGCUGAAUAUGAAAGUUCAGAAGGAAAAGAUGAAAAUGAAAAUGAACCACAUAAGCCGAAACGCCAAAAUAGUUUAUCUUCCCGUUUUAUGAAUAGGUUACAUGUGGAUAUGUCUUCUAUAUAUACGUCACUUUCUUCAAGUGCUCAUCCUGAUCAUAGACAUGAAUUACCAGCUGAUGUACAAAACGAACAGACUGAACAAAAGAGAACUCCAUUGGAAAUGUUUCAUGAGAGAAUAGAAAAAUUAAAGAAAGGAAUACCAGAUGGUAUUUUUACAACUUUUGUGGAUCCCGAUGAGUUAGAAAAUGAUCCUACUAUUAAGAACGCAUUAAAAUAUUAA